AUGGAGGUCAUGGGUCCCUUCCUCUUGGGCUCCCAGCAGGAAUGCAUCUUCUUCUGUGUCCGUGAGGAGCCUGUCCUGUUUUUGCGCAUGGAUGAUGACUUUGUGUCAUACACACCCCGGGACAAGCAGAACCUACGUGAGAAUCUCCAUGGCUUCAGCCCAGAAGUACAGGUGGAGAGCUUGGAACUGGCCAUUCGGAAAGAGAUCCACGACUUUGCCCAGCUGGGGGAGAACACGUACUACGUGUACCAUGACCCGGAGCACUUCCGGGAAGAGCCGCACUCGGUGCAGGUCCGGAGCGAGGACGACGUCCUUGUGACGGAGGAGGUGUACAAGCGCCCCAUCUUUCUGCUCCCGUCUUACAGGUACCACCGACUGCCUCUGCCAGAAGAUGGGGCACCCCUGGAAGCCCAGUUCGAUGCUUUCAUCGGGUUCCUCCGGGAGAGCCCCAGCCUGCUGCCCCUCCGGGACCCGUCGGGGGCACCCCCAGCCCUUCUCUUCAGCUGCCAGACUGGAAUUGGCAGGACCAACCUGGGCAUGGUCCUGGGCACCCUCGUGCUCUCUCACUGCAGUAGGAUGACCAAACGGCCAGA